GAGUAAGGAAGGGGCAUCUGGAGGGAAUCUGGGGCCCCAUUCCUAGAGGGAAUAGCAAGACUAUAAAGCCGAAGUGGGUGUACAGGGGUGGGACAGGGUCUAACAGCAAUCUGCAGAGAGCCAGGCAUGUGGCUGGAGCCACGUGUAGGUGUGUUGAAAGAGUGAAUGAUCGGAGGAGUGGAAAGGGCCAAACCUCCCUGAUGGGUCAGAGAUAUAGAGAACAAGAGAAAGACAGGCCCCCAACCAUCACCAAGCCCUGUUUCCACUCUCCGAGGGAGACAGAGCAGAACAGAGAGAGAGAAAGAAGUGUAGUAAGAGACAAAGUGCAGUGACAGGUCUCAGAUAGAGCUGGAGAGAGGGAUGGAGCCACAGAUAAAGACAAAUUUCAACAGGUGUCAGCAGGAGAAUGCAGGGGAAAGGGGGGGAGCAACUCUGAAGCGACAAGAAGCAGGAGUGAGAAUGAGAAUCAGAAGGGGCAGGCCAGGGAGGAGCAGACACAGACCCGCAGACAGUGUUAGAAGGAGCCGCACAGGAGAGAAGGGGCUUCAGAGAGGCCGGCAGAGACCUACAAGGGCUGGCUGUGGGGUGGUGAGGAAGCCAGAGGGGAGAUGUCUUGAAGCCCAGGUUGAAGGGUGACAAGGAAGCGCCAUGUGUCGGGGCAGUGUUUCUGGGACAAAAGCCUGGCUGGAGGUGGGUGUUGGAAGAAAUGAAGAGUCUUUAGAUAGGGAGGAACUGGGCUGGAUGCCCUGCAGCACUCACCUCUGGCCUCCCUCCCACUAUCUGUCCUGCCCUCCCUGUGUUGGCCUCACCCACUCAAGCAAGGCUGGGCUUGCAUGUGGGUGCUGGGGAGCAAGGGCUUCUUAGAGUACUAAGGUUGGCUGGGCUGCAGCCACAGGGACUCCAGGAGGAUGCAGCCACAGCUUGGGUACUGUGCUAUGGCAGGAAGGGUGGGGUGGAAGCUUUCUCUCAGGGGACCUGACAGGACAGAUGAGAAUAAGGUCAGAUUUGGGUUGGGUUGGUUUGAGGUAGGUGAGAUGAAAGGGCCAUGAACAAAGCAAAUUCCCAGUCAGCCUUGGCUUGCUAUUGGAUAGGAGGGUUGGGUGGGAAGCAGCUAGAAACUAUGGAUGUACUGCUUCUGUCCCCCAGCUCCCACUACCUCUCACGACUAUUUUUCUUGGCCCUAAGGGGCCAACCUCCGGACUAUUCUCUACUAUCCCCCUAACCUCCCACACAUAUGGGACACUGACCUCAAAAUCUGUACCUGGGACUACCAGAAGCCACUCUACUCUAGCCUUGCUUCCUAGCCCCAACCUGGGCUGUGGCCAGGCUCAUGAGGCAUUGAGGGAUGUGGGAACACAGGGAGGGGCAGGAUAUGGAGCCUGGAGUCUGUGGCCUGGAAGAGUCCCAGACCCAGCCCAUCAAAGGAGAGGGGACAAUUGUCCCAGCCAGGGGCAGACACCAGAGAAGAGUGAGGAUCAGAUCUGGCUCUAGCAGAGCCCCUCCACCAACCCUGCAUGUGCCCUUAGGCAACAGGCAGAGCAUCCCUGUCUAUGCGAGGACAGGCCAUUUGCACAGUGGGAUUCAGAGACGCCACUUUCCCACCUCUGCACCUUUGCUCAGGAAGGCCCAGCCCUCAUCCCACUCUGGUGAAAUUUGCAUUGUUCUCCAACUCUUCCAAAUGCCACCUCCUUCAGGAAGCCCUCCUGAUUCUCCUAGCUGGAGGGUCAGAGGGUGAGAGGCCCCAGAUGCCAGACAAAGAAACCAAGGCCAUGGUGGGCACAGAAGACACACCUGGCAAAGCCAGCCCAGGCUCUCAGGACUUGCGGCCAAGUGUGUUCCACAGCAUCAAGCUCUUCGUCCUGUGCCACAGCCUGCUGCAGCUGGCGCAGCUCAUGAUCUCUGGCUACCUCAAGAGCUCCAUCUCCACGGUGGAGAAGCGCUUCGGCCUCUCCAGCCAGACUUCGGGGCUGCUAGCCGCCUUCAACGAGGUGGGAAACACGGCUUUGAUUGUGUUUGUAAGCUACUUUGGCAGCCGGGUACACCGGCCCCGACUGAUCGGCUGUGGGGCUGUCCUUGUGGCCCUGGCAGGCCUGCUCAUGACUCUGCCACACUUCAUCUCGGAGCCAUACCGCUAUGAUCACACCAGCCCUGGGGAUAUGCCGGAGGACUUCAAAGGUUCCCUGUGCCUUCCCACAACCUCGGCCCCAACACUAGCUCCCUCCAACAGCAGCUGUUCGAGCUACACAGAGGUCCGGCACGUGACUGUGGUGGGGAUAAUGUUCAUGGCGCAGACCCUGCUUGGUGUAGGCACCGUGCCCAUUCAGCCCUUCGGCAUCUCCUACAUCGAUGACUUUGCCCACAACAGAAACUCGCCCCUCUACCUCGGCAUCCUGUUUGCAGUGACCACGAUGGGGCCAGGCAUGGCCUAUGGGCUGGGUGGCCUCAUGUUACGCCUUUAUGUGGACAUUGACCGGAUGCCAGAAGGUGGUAUCAACCUGACCAGAAAGGACCCCCGCUGGGUGGGUGCCUGGUGGCUGGGCUUCCUCAUCUCUGCUGGCUUGGUGGCCCUAGCUGCCAUCCCCUACUUCUUCUUCCCCAGGGAGAUGCCCAAGGAGAAGCAUGAGCUUCACUUCCGUCGAAAAGUCUCUGCCCUUACAGUCUCAUCUGUCAACAAGGAUAAAGAGCCCCCCUCUGAGAAGAGUCCUGGGGAGUCCACAGAGAAGCAGAACGGCUUAGCACAGAUUGCACCAGACCUGACUGUGAUCCAGUUCAUCAGAGUCUUCCCCAGGGUGCUGCUGAGGACCCUGCGCCACCCCAUCUUCUUGCUGGUAGUCCUGUCCCAGGUGUGCCUGUCUUCUACGGUGGCGGGCAUGGCCGUCUUCCUGCCGAAGUUCUUGGAACGCCAGUUCUCGGUCACCGCCUCCUACGCCAACCUGCUCAUCGGCAGCUGCACCUUCCCUUCGGCCAUCGUGGGCAUCGUGGUGGGCGGUGUUUUGGUCAAGCGCCUCCGCCUGGGGCCCAUGCGCAGCAGCUUUCUUUGCCUGCUGGGGGCGCUGUUCUGCCUCCUCCUUGGCCUGCCUCUUUUCUUCAUGGGCUGCCCUACCCACCAGAUUGCAGGCAUUCCCCGCCAGCCUGGUGCUCAGCCCGGGCCAGGGCUAUUUCCAGACUGCAUGGAGCCCUGCUCCUGCCCAUCAGAUGACUUUAACCCUGUGUGCGACUCCAGUGCUCACGUGGAAUACAUCACCCCCUGCCAUGCAGGCUGCACGGGCUGGGUAGUCCGGGAGGCUCAGGAUGAAAGCCAGGUUUUCUACACCAACUGCAGCUGUGUGAUAGGGGGUGGCCCUGUGCCAGCGGGCUCCUGCAACUCAGCCUGCAGCCACCUGGUGCUGCCCUUCAUGCUCCUGGUCAGCCUGGGUGCGGCACUGGCCGGUGCCACCCACACGCCCUCCUUCAUGCUCAUCAUAAGGGGAGUGAAGAAAGAAGACAAGACUCUGGCCGUGGGCAUCCAGUUCAUGCUCCUGAGAGUUUUAGCCUGGAUGCCCAGCCCGGUGAUCCAUGGCAGUGCCAUCGACACCACUUGUGUGCACUGGGCCCAACGCUGUGGGCAUCGAGCUGUCUGCCGCUACUAUGACCACGACUUGCUCCGAAACAGGUUCAUUGGCCUCCAGUUCUUCUUCAAGACAGGCUCCCUGGUCUGCUUCGCCUUAGUUUUGGCCAUCCUGAGGCAGCAGAAUAAAGAGGCAAAGACCAAGGGAACCAUAUGCAGCUCUAGCUUAGAGCAGCAACUGUUGGCAUCAGGGCCAGCGAAGAAGACAGAAGAUUCUAGAGUGUGAGCAGCCGUCCCAGGGCCCCACCUGGCUAAAAGUAGUUGUCACAGUUGGCACCUCCUCUGGGCUCUUCACCCAAGAUUCCAAAGGAGCCCCGUGUUGCAAUUCUGACUCCUCCACGAAAUGGCUGUGUGACUUCAGGCAAGCCACUCACCUUCUCUAGAACUUUCUUUGCUCAUCCACCUAAGAAACCAAUUUGUGGUUUGCUGUGUUGGGCAUUUCUGAAGCAAGAGGGUCUUCCCCCGGUGCUCCCUGAGACAGCCAGCUGAACCAGAACCAGGCUUUCCUGGAUGAAAUGACUGCAUACCUUUCCUCUAGGCCCCAGGAGAGGGAAGUGGACCAUAGUAGGUCAAGGCUGCCCUCCACACUAGGCCCUAGCCCUACUAUGCCACUCACCUGGAGCACUUUCUCUGAGCCUCAGCCACCUCCUGUCAGGUGGCGAUGACCUUGCCAGCUUUCAGGUUUGUUUAGCUUUGACCAUCUGUGUUGUCAGGAUAGACUCAGGUCUUCUCCCCAACUGCCGGCAGCUUUCAAGACGUGUCCAUUUGGCGCCCCCUGGAGGCAGAGCCCUGAGCUGGACUUUGAGGGGAGCCCCUCAGCGAGGAAGGAACUGGCCUCACACUAGGAACAUUCAGACUUAAAUGGCCCUUCAGGAGGCUAGUCUGGGGACCCCAAGGAAGAUUGGCUAGUGGAGAGCCUCACCUGUGACUCACGAAGUCCCAGCUCUUGUCAAGAAGCCACAGUUUAGGAUGAGGCCUAGCACCUGCCUUAGGGGCCCUAGAGUGGGGAGGGAGACCAAGGCCCACACUUGGGUAUUUUCAAACUUGAGACCAAACACACACUCACAUUGCCAAGAUUUCAGACAGGUGACAAGGGGCCACCAAAGUCACUGUGACCUUUGUGAACAGAUCCCUAAUUUCCCCAUUUCCUCCCACUUAUCUGGGGCUGUGUAGAUAAUGUCUCAUUCUGUGACACCCAAGUUUUCUGGGAUGGCACCUGGUUCUCUGUGCUGCUGGGAGCAGGAAAGCCCAGCUCUGCAUCAUGAGCGAUUCUGUAGCUUGCUUGGGUCUGAAUGAGACAAUCCUUUUCUCCCUUAGGGUUUGUCUUGUUUUAUGACCAGUCUUAUCUGACUUGCUCAUUUCCCUGGGAGGAUAAUAGAGUUUCCUGCUUGGCUCCCAGCCUAUUCUGCUGCCAUUACAUCCACCUGGCUGAGACCUGUCAGGAAGCAGCUGACAGGGAGCCAUUAACAGCAACUUGCAGAAGGCUGAGCCCAGCCCUGUGCUGGGGCCUGGGAGAGAAAUGGGGUGGGGCACACAUGGCUCUGGCCUUCUAGGAGGUCUCAGUCGAGGGCUUUAAGGUUUUCCCGUAUGGAAGAAAGAGAGGGAUACAGAAGCUCUAAUUUCCUUUUUAUUCUACCGAUUAAUGACGGUAAAUAUUUAACAAAUAUCUGAGCCUGUAUUUAUCAGUGUCAAGAAUUUCAAAGUCUCCUCCAACUAGAUGAGGCUUUCAGUACAUUUCUGUUCCUUCCCCUUCCCUCCCGUUUCCCAGGUUUUGCAGAAAUACUCUGGAAUUGUAGAUACAGCUUAUUAUUAAAUUUGUUCUUCCAUAAUGUCUCUUCUAUUACAAAAAUCCUUUCUUUAUAAACUGCAUUAGUGGUCCGCAACAACCACAUUAUUUUCAGUUAUUUAGAUUUACGCUUUACUGGAUUCCUUGCUCAUCAUUGUUUCUUGUAUAUUACCUCUUUCUGUAUCUUUAUAUUCCAGGCUAAUUUUUAUUUGGCUGAGAAACUUCCUCUAGUAAAUGUUUAAAAAAUGGGAUAAGGUCAUGAGGCCUUUUUAGUCCUCACCUGUCCAAACUGUCAUUCACAUUUCACAGACAAGGAAACCAGCUCGGAAAGGAUAAGUGACGUUCCCCAAGAUGAGAGAGAAAAUAAAUAGUGAACCCAGAA